AUGAAUCUCAAGAUGGAGGUUCAGAUUCCCUCGCGGGCAUUCUUUGAGAUAUUCAGAGUCAAGCUGAAAGAAACUGAGAAUUUCCUCAAUGUCUUGAAGCACAGAUGCGAACGUGAAAAAGCGUUGUCUGCAGUCCUUCAGGAUUAUCAGACAAAAAGUGUUGCGAUAUUUCAAGAAGGAAAGUCGAUAUCUUCCCACUUGAGAGUUUUCAAUGUCCCUCUAAUGGAAGAGAUGAGGGAGCCUGUUGACCGCAGGAACAAGGUGUCCAGUAGCUUCACGAAUGAGGAUAAUCCCAUUUGUCUACUCCAGGAAUGGAUAGACAAAAAUGGCAAUGAAGGGCCAGCGCUGCUUCGAUUGGCUAAAAAAACGGUGAAAAAGUAUGAAGCACUCGUCACCCGUUUGAAGGUUGAGAGAAAGGUCAUUUACAAAAAGAUUGAAGAACUUGACCUUAACAUGACUUGUCAAGGCAAGUAUGGUGGCUCCCUUCAACGUCUGGAAAAGACAGAGUCUUCUACUGCAAGAAAAAAAAGGUUCCAAUUGGAGCAGGAGGAAGACAAAUUAAGAUCUAGUCUCGAGAAGUCUUUCCUGGCAUACAAGGAAUUGAUCUCCGAGGAAAUCCAAAGUCGACGUAAUUUCCUACAGACCAUGAGUACCAUCCGUGAACAGUGCAGUACCCUGGAGAGUAGGCGGCUGAAUACUGUUGCUAAGGCAUACAAUAGAUAUAUCUCUAUUUUGGAAGAGUCAGAACCACUCAAUUCUAAGAGGAGAGUUAUCAUGAAUGAGAUGAAAGCUAUGGCAUCAGAAAUGGCCGAUGGCCAAAUAAGCCAGUUCAAGCAGUGGACAAGGGAGAAAACAAGAUACUACAUCUUCGAGUUGGUCACAGACAACUGGACUCCGUAUGGGUUAGGCAUAGUAACCAACAAUGUGCCAGAUAUAGUCAUUCCAGCCAACCUCCAAGUGUUGUCAGAGUCAGACAAAACAGAUUCGAGUCUUGAGGAACAAUCUGGAAAACCUCACGAGGCCGAUCCAACCAUCCCUGUGGCAUAUAAUCCUUGUGAUGAUUUUCGCCACAUAGAGAUCUCGGAUCAAUCCACUCGGACAAACAAACAUGGAUUUGAGCAACAAGAAAAUCAACAGAAAAGUCUAUCCCAUCAUUUGAUGGAGGGUAAAGAGUCUGCUGGUCCCGGCUGGGGUCAAGGAGCCAUACCCAAGACUUAUCAAGGAUCAAUGGCCAGAAGCCCAAUACGCUCUCCUGAUGGCAAUGAAGACACACCAGUAAUGGUUCAUCCAACCAAUCGAAGAGUGGUGAAACCCAACCCUACAAUGAGAAACCCACCAAACCCACCACCCAAAUCAUCAACGGAUGGUUGGCGUGCCACACAAACCCCGAUAGGGAGCUUAACACUGCCAACUAAAGGUAAUGACCAAGCAAAGAAGAGAGGAGAACUGCAUUCCAACACAGACACUCGGCCAUCUCCAGUGGAUGAAACUGAAACAGCAUCUAAGGAGAAGCAGGAUGGCACCGAGUCGCACCUCUCACGCAAGUAUCAGUCCAAGAAAGAUACACCACAAGUUGUAUCUAAAGAGGCAGCAAAUCAGCCACAGUGGCAUACAAUCACUGGCAAGGAUGAUCCUUACUAUACUCCUGGGGACCCCUCCGAUCUGGAAGUAAUGGUUCUGCCAGAGGGAGAUACACAGAGGCCAGAGCGUCCGUUUCAGCCAAUGAUCAACAACUGGAUGGAUCCUGAUAUGCAGCCACUGGAGCCAAACUCUUCAGACCAUAACCUGUUGUCACAAUUCCUGAACAAAACCAAAUCUAAAUUCAGGCGAUCCAAAAAGGCUAAAAAGUCAACUAGCCCAGAUAUCAUUGACUCAGGUCCCGUUCCCUUUGAUUUUGGAUGUGAAGAUGUGGAUGAAGUUUCCACAGUUAUCGACCCUGCAUACAAGAGAACCACCAAAGGAGGGCCAGCAAAAACACCUUCUUUACCAGGAAGUGUUCAGCCAUCGGAGAAAUCAAAACCAGUCGCAUCAAGUGGCUCUGACUCCAGCGAUAACGAAAAUCGCGAAGCAGUCUCCAGGCGUCCUUCUGUAAAAACCAUCAAGAUGUGCAGCAUCGAUUUCUAUGAGGCAAAGCAUGAUGAUGAAAUCAGCUUCUUGUCAGGCCAGACGGUGAAAAUGAUUCACCCUGCCAAUUCUGAGGGAAUGGCAUACGGCUAUACACGAUCUAGCCGUUUGAAGAAGCGUCAAUAUGGCUACUUUCCUAUCAACCAUGUUGUUCGUGUUUUAGAAGAUAAGCACAGAACCCUGAGGAGGAAAGUCAGUGGAUUUUUCAAGAAGCGCUGA